AUGGUAUUAACUUCAGCUCGACCUAGGACCCUUAUACUAUCUUCCUAUUACGAGAAAGAAAACGAUACGCUAAAGUGGAAAGAUAUUGACCUAUAUAUGGUAAACCUGACUAUCUCUAGGCCUACAUUCACUUAUACCGAAAGAAAUGAUAAUCUGGGACUCUGUGUUAUUCAGGAUAUACUUAUAUAUGCCUUUCUUAACGAUACAUUUGCAAGCCUAUAUAUAAAAUGCCCUCGAGAUAUUUGGCGCUUUACAAAAGUUCUAGAACAUCGCCACAGCACUCCUAUCCAUUUCAAGGAUAGCGUGAAAAAUAUCCCUAUUUUCAGGCGCGCUAUAAAGGUAGAAGACGGGACUUGGGUCACUCACUACACCGUCGGCUUUUUAUAUAAAAAAGCUAGCACAAAGGCUGGAUUUUUAGAUAAGGGAUCGCUCUAUAAGUACCGCAAAGGCGCAGCUGAAAACUUAAGGAACCUUAACGAACACUCACGUAAUAUAAUCAUAGGUCAUCGAAAAAGUGCAACUUUUUCGAAUUACAUGUCUGUGUUCAAUGACACUCAAUCCAUUUUUAUGCAAACUCCGACGAGGGAUUCUUUAUUGAAUCUAGUAUGCUAUAGAAAUCUGACACGAGAUGUAUCAGCGCCACAAAAACUGAACACUAAGCAAAAAGAGGCCAUCGAAACGGAAGCCGAGCUCUAUGACUUGAAAAAGGCACUUAAGUCGACUAGAGACGAACUUAUAUCAGAAUUUCAUAAGUUAAAGAAAGCGGAAGGAGCUUCCGACCCACGAUUCAGCGAAAUGAAGCAACUACAAAAGAAGAUUAGAACGAGACGAAAGAUGUUAGAACGCCGUGCUCAGAAGACAGCCCGGAAGGAAUUCUUUGAUAGUAUUGGAAACCGGAUCAUCGAGCAAAACCAGCAAGGGACUCCGCUCACUUUCACUCCAGACGUCAGCCAUAUCCAGCCGGAGAGAAUAGCCCUUACUAAGCUUGAAUUCAAGAACAGGGAUGUCGAUACUAUCGAUGAUGCUGAAUUGAUUGAAGACCGCAUUCGAUCUCUUAAGCUACGACUGAAACUGAACAGCCUCCAUAUACCUCAGGCCUUAAAAAAGCGGAUUGUGUUCAAAGAUAGACAGAAGGGAGCAUCAAGACAAGCAGUGGUCCCAAUAGAAAGCUCAUCUGGACUGGAAUGUCCUGUGUGUCUAGGGGGUACUCGCUUAGAUCCCACCGCUAGGCGAUAUAAGUACUCACGAAAGGAUGUACUUCAGGUUCAUUUUAGGACUCAUCGCCUGCCAUUCUUUUUUCAAAAGCCUGGUCGAAAGUGUGAUUGGCCUCAUUGUCUUCAAGUUCUCCCCACACUUUCACAAUACAAAUGGCACCUUGCAGACAUCCAUAAAAUUAAUUUAUAG